AUGGGCCCGGGAGCCUCCCGCGCCGGGCGGCGCGAAGAGGGGACGCACGCCGACCCCAUCAGCCGGAGCUCCUUCCUGCGCAGGUGGGAUGACGAGCUGCGCGGGGGACCCUCCUUCUUCGAGCCGUCGAGGCACGCGGCGUCCGCGUCCCCUGGGGCCUCUGGCACUCCGAGGGAGGACGACUGGCAGGUCGACUACUGGUCUGGCAGCGGCCUCGUGCACACGCCCCUGGCGUUCCGGUGGUACGCCAGCGACUGCGACGACGCCGCGGAGGAUGCCCUCAUACCCAGGCCAGCUGCAGUGGAGGCCUGCGACCUUCCGCGCACGCAGAGCGCUGGCUCCAGAGAUGGGCCCGCGACACACUAUUCCAGCUCGCCAGCACCUCCCGUGCAGCUCUGGGACGAGGCGCGCCCAGACUACCUGGAGAAGGUGCGGUGCAGAGCAAGGAUCAGGCUGAUCGGCAUCAACGCUAAGCUCGGCACCUUCCACCUGAGGAUGAGGUGCCACUGGAGCUUCCGCGCAUCGAGUCUGGAUGAGCAGGCGGAGGUGGAUUUCCGUGGUACCCCUGGCAUCCGGAUGCCUGGAGUCAGUGUGGCUGUCGAGGAGAGCCGCAUUUGGAAGGAUGUGACCCAGACAGGGCUCACCACCAUCUUCUGGAGGGGGACGUCACUAUUCGCCAUCACGGGCCACAAGGCGUUCCGGAUGGAGGAUUUUCCCUACGAUCGACAUAUUCUGAAUUUGGAGAAGUUAGAGUUUGUUUGGCGGUUCGCCCCUUUUCAGCAAGAAGAGACCGAGGCUUGCGAUUAUUUCAAAUCCAUGGAUGUCGUCGAUUUCACUGUGCUGACGUACUCCAUGGUCCCAGAGUGGAGACCGUUUCCAGCAUACGUGAUAGCGCGCGACGAGACGAGUCCCGUCGGUGACCUUGGAGUGCCAACAUGUUGCAGCCAGUUUACGUUGCGACUUCGUAUUCAGCGAAAGCAUUGGUACUACGCGAGGCAAGUAUUCUUAAUCUCUACUUGCAUAACUUGUGUGUCCUGCUUCCCACUGGCCAUCCCCAAUAAACGAGACUUUGUCGAUGAGCGCUUAGACCUCUACAUGGGGGGACUGCUCACGUUGAUCACAUUCAAAUAUGGGAUCAACAAGGUAUUGCCGUCAGUGCCAUACACGACGUUUUUGGACAACUUCUUGCUUCUGCAAGUGGUGAUGCUGGCAUGGCUCAGCCUGCAGACGUGCGUUGGAUUCGGGCUCAGGGAUAUGCUGUGGUGGUUAGAGAUAGCGUGGGAUUGGUCGACCAACCUGGCUGCCUUCAUUUCGGUGCUUCUUUUCUGGGUGCUGUGCACUGCCUACUCAUUCUACGUGAGGCCUUACCUCAGAAAGCCCUGGAGCACGGUGAUGCGAUGCGAGAGGGAGUGUGGCAACCUUGACGAAUUCGAGAGCCCCGACGAGCUCGACGAGUGA